AUGGGAGCGCAUGGAAUCGAAGUGGCGCGCAUCCACGUAAUUGAGUUUCAAAAGCGUGGCCUGCCCCAUGCGCACAUCCUUAUCAUCUUGGCCGAGGAGGACAAGCCGCAAACGCCCGACCACUACGAUCGGUUCGCAUCAGCCGAACUGCCCGAUCCGGAAACGUGCCCGCUCAAACACGAAGCACCAUGCAUGAAGGACGGAAAAUGCUCGAAGGGUUACCCGAAGCAUUUCUGCGACCGGACGCGCAGCAUGGACAACGGAUACCCGCAGUACCGUCGGCGCAAUAAUGGCCGCACUGUGACGGUGCAAGUAGUUGUGCUCGACAAUCGGCAUGUGGUACCGUACAAUCCAUGGUUCACCCAGAAGUACGACUGCCAUAUCAAUGUAGAGAUUUGCAACUCGAUCAGCAGCGUCAAGUACCUGUACAAGUAUGUGUACAAAGGGCACGAUAGGCUAAGCGUAUCCAUCGCGGAAAAUGAUGAGAUACAGCAGUACAUCGAUGCGCGCUACCUCUCGCCGACGGACAGCUGCUGGCGAAUUAUGCGUUUCGAGCUACAGGCCAAAACGCACACCGUUGUCACACUGCCGGUACAUCUGCAGAACCAGCAGUAUGUCUACUUCCGGGAAAGUGAAACCGUUCCGGCCGCGUUAAACCGGGGAAAUCACUCCAUGCUGACCCGGUUCUUCCAGCUUGCGGCAAACGACCACUUCGCCAAAACGCUGCUUUACCACGAUGUACCCAUGUACUAUCGAUUCGGUGUUCCGGCGGCGAGUCAGCGACAACCAUGGCACGAACCGGGAACGAAACAAUGGAUUCGUCGCAUCCGUACCACGCACAAAACGGUCAUCGGCAGGAUGGUUUCCUGCGGUAUGCAGCUGAUCGAGCGGUACUGUUUGCGUUUAUUGCUCUGCUAUCGCAAGGGCCCAGUUCGUUUGAAGAUCUGCGCAUCGUCGAUGGUACUGUGUACGCAACAUUCCAGCAAGCCGCCAUCCGGGAAGGGUUGCUACACGAUGAUUCGGAAUGGGAUCGUGCCAUCGGGGAAGCGACCAGCUUCCAAAUGCCUGCACAGUUGCACCAAAGAUCUCACUUGCUUCCCCGGGAUGCCCCAACUGCUGGAAUUUGAGCACGUCGAGUCCCACGUCAGCAACGAAGAUCGGGCAAUGAGCAAUGAGCUGCUCAUCGCUGAGCUCGCGUAUCCCGUAAGCGAGCUCGAACACACCCUCGCCACACUCGGUCAGCUGAACGACGAUCAGCGCAUAGUUGGCACUCGCGACCGCAGCAAGCGGUAUUGCUGCGUUGCUGCUGAGUGGAGGCAGAACGGUCCACUCGACGUUCAAGCUACCGCUGGACUUGAACCAACACUCAGCAUGCCGAUCCAGUCGAAACGAGCCGAGCUAAUUCGGCAGGCAGCACUCAUCGUUUGGGACGAGGCAUCGAUGAGCAGCCGGUACGCUCUCGAAGCUGUGAAUCGAACCAUCCAGGACAUCACGGGCGUGCAUCGACCGUUUGGCGGUAAGGUGGUACUGCUGUCCGGUGAUUUUCGGCAAAUUUUGCCUAUUGUAUCGAAAGGAACUAAUGCACAGAUCAUCAGUGAAUGCAUCAAACGGAGCACACUGUGGCCGCUGUGCACGAUGCUACGCUUGCGCGUAAACAUGCGGGUACGGACGGCCCCAAACGCGAGCCGUGUCAGCGAGCUGCAGGACUUUGCUGACUUUCUGCUGCGUAUCGGCGAAGGCCGGCACGAUACGUAUCAAGGAAUGGACCCAUCGUUGGCAAAGAUACCGUGCAAAAUGGUAGUGCCCCGUACAGCAGCCCCGAUACAGGAUAUAAAUUCCUUGAUGGCAAGAAUUUACCCAGACAUCCAGCGCUUCAAUCAGGACCCAGCUUAUUUUUCGGAUCGAGCGAUUCUGUCACCAUUCAACGUGGACGUUACCAACAUCAACAACGUCGUGUUGGAUCGAAUCCCUGAGCCCGAAAAAGAGUACCGCUCGGUCGAUUCGUUGGUCAACCCGGAGGAGCACGAGCAGCUCCAGCUACCGUCGGAAUAUUUGAACACGCUCAACAUCAGCGGCAUACCUGUGCAUCGCCUGCGGCUGAAGCGAUCAGUACCGGUACUGUUGUUGCGAAAUCUCAACUCGGAGAUGGGUCUUUGCAACGGUACGCGGUUGCAAAUAGUGGAUCUGAAGACAAAUUGCUUGCACGCAAAAAUACUGACUGGGAAGCGGCAAGGUGCAGACAUGCUGCUGCCUCGCAUCUUUUGCGAUAGCAACGACAAGGACCUCCCAUUCCAGAUCCGCCGCAAACAGUUUCCGGUGCAGGUUUGCUUCGCCAUGACCAUCAACAAGGCGCAAGGACAAUCCCUGAACCAUUUGGGCCUGUACCUCCCCAAGGAUGUCUUUGCACACGGUCAGCUAUACGUUGCGCUUUCGCGAGUAACAUCGCGAGUAACCAUCAAUGCGAAAACCAAAGGCUAUCAGCGGAUUUCGACGCUCGUAUGGCUGCCGCUACCGACACAAUCAAACGCACUGUUUUGUCCACACUCGAUCAACACCUGGCUAACCGUCCUACAACGCACACUGGCCUACGGGCACUUUAUGUUGCAACAGCGGUCAAGUUAA